AUAAUAUCUAGAGGAAAAGGGAAGGGAGGGAUGUCGAGCCAACACUGACAGCCAUACUCCCCCUACGGUUCUGGUAAAAUGCCAUCUUUCUUAAAUCGGGAGCUCACAUACUCCCGGUCACUAUUGCGCCUGUCUUCACCUUUACGCUUAAACUGGAACUUGGGUACCCGGAGUCUCCUGUGUUGCGCGCCGCGGCUCCGAUUCCCUCCUCCACUGCUUCCCCCCCUUCCUUCUCCUGCAGCACCACUAACAGAGCUGGAACGGGACACUUUCAGCGCACCAAACCUUUACCCGCUUUCAUCUCUGGUAGCUAUGUUCAGACUCUCUGCGCGACUUCCACCGACUUGGAUGAUGCAGACGCCGGAGAGGUAUUCCUGUCAUUAAAACAUGGGGCGGUUGGGAAUGGUCGUUGAUACCUUUAUUUGGUGUUGAAUAAUCGGAGGUACUGCGAGGCGGCAGAGGGAUUUCACACCGAGCUGGUUUGGCCGUCUCUCAGGGUGGAAUUGAAAGAGGGGGGUGGAGCCUACUGCACUGCAGUCUCACUGAGACUCUCGCUUCAGACCAGGAUUACCCACUGAUCUGAUGCUGAAUCCUGAUACGCCAACUGAGUCUACUGUGGACCUCUGACGGCAAUUUCAAAACUCACCCACAUUCAACUGUGACAACAGGUUUCCUGACACUCCUCAUUCCUCUCCUUUCUGGGCUUUUGCUCUGUUGGUUGGAAGCCAAAGCCAUAGCUCGUCUGUCGCUAAGAAAAACUUCUUGUUAUGAGGCAUUCUGAGAACAAAGAGACUGAAAGCUUCAGCUGUUUUUAUGCUCUACUUGUCUACAGUAGUCCUGGGCUGUGGCAGGAAAGUUUUUCACAUGCAGGUUUUAACGUAAGUUGUUGGAGGCUGUGAUACAGAAAAGACUGCUUUGGCUUGCCCCUGAGCCUGAAAAGUUGAGCCUGGCGCAAUCCGUAGACUUAUUCUGUCUUCAUUAACUGGUCUGAGCUGUCCAGUCUGGAGCAGCGCGCUUUCCAGAUGCCGCCAUGCCCAUCAUUAGCAACGCCAACCAUGACUUCAGCAAUCUGUCCGUCAGCGAUGACAGCAGUCUUGACCGCAUCUUCACAGAGAUCCCAGAGACUGAGACCAUCAAGGGUGCGUACUACAAGAGAGCUCAGUUCAUCCGUCGGCCAGAGGACCUGGUGUCCAUUGACCACGCCCUGCUGGCAGUGAUCAAUGUUGGGGGAAACCGCUACACCUUCCCCUGGAGCACCCUGGAGCAGUUCCCCCUCACACGACUUGGCCGCCUCUGUGGCUGCCAGUCACCUGAGGACAUCGCCAGCGUCUGCGACGACUAUGACGAAGCCCACAAGGAGUUCUUCUUCGACCGGUCGCCGUCCGCCUUCAGGGUCAUCCUCAACUUCCUGGCUGCGGGGAAACUGCGCCUGCUGCGGGAGAUGUGCGUCCUAUCCCUGCACGAUGAGCUGACCUACUGGGGCGUGGAGAUGACGUACAUGGAGCGCUGCUGUAAGAGGAAGAUGUACACACGCAUCGAGGAGGUGCACGAUCUGGAGCGGCGCGAAGAGGAGUGCAGGCAGAGAAACGCCAUGCAGCGUGUGACAGUGGAGGAGACAAGGUACCGUAAGGUGAUGAACUGGCUGAGAGAUAUGAUGGAGAAUCCGCAGUCUGGCUUACCGGGGAAGAUCUUUGCCUGCAUGUCGGUCAUCAUGGUUGCGGUGACUGUCGUCAGCUUGUGUAUCAGCACCAUGCCAGACCUCAGAGAGGAAGAGGACAGGGGUGAGUGUUCCUCCAAGUGUUACAACAUGUUCAUCAUAGAGACGGUGUGUGUGGCCUGGUUCUCCCUGGAGUUCAUCCUGCGGUUCAUUCAGGCUCGCAGCAAGCUGGACUUCCUCCGUGGGCCGCUCAACAUCAUCGACGCCAUGGCAAUCCUUCCCUACUAUGUCUCCCUGGUGGUGACAGAGGAGGACCCAGCCCUGGACCAUGAGAGGCCUGGAGGAGGUAAGGGCUACUUGGACAAGCUGGGCCUGGUGUUGAGGAUUCUGCGGGCGCUGAGGAUUCUCUAUGUGAUGCGGCUGGCUCGCCACUCUCUUGGCCUGCAAACGCUGGGGCUGACGGUCAGGCGCAGCACCCGGGAGUUUGGCCUCCUCCUUCUUUUUCUCUGCGUGGCCGUCACCCUCUUCUCCCCGCUGGUCCACUUGGCUGAGAGCGAGCUCACAGGCACCCAUGACUUCAGCAGCAUCCCCGCCUCCUAUUGGUGGGCUAUUAUCUCAAUGACGACCGUGGGCUAUGGCGACAUGGUGCCUAGGUCCAUUCCAGGACAGGUUGUAGCACUGAGCAGCAUUCUCAGCGGGAUCCUCAUCAUGGCCUUCCCUGCUACCUCCAUCUUCCACAUGUUCUCCCGCUCCUACCAAGAGCUCAAGAUGGAGCAUGACCGAUUGUUCAAAGAGGAGUGCGCGGCCGCUGCGGCUGCUGCUGCUGCCGCUGGGGAGCUGGAGGAGGAGGGAGGUGAAGAAGGUGGGGGGGACUCAGCUCCACCUGGACUGGGAUUGCGGUUAGCCAUGGAUAGUGUGCACUCGCUGGAGUCUCUCGCUCUGUUAGGGAAACGUGGUGAAUCUGCAGGAAAUGACAAUCACAGUCUGCCAGCAGCAGCUUUCUGAACAGUACUCAAUCCUAAACUUCCAAUUAGAUAUGAGUCCACUAAUCUCUGUGUUGCAUACAAUAAAAGUACUACAAAUGACCACUGCUCCAAAGGCCUCACUUCCUGUAAGGUUGUGAAGGUAUCUGUGUUGCACUGGAUAAAAGGAGAUUAAACAAACAGCAUUUCUUUUGCUCUUUGGUCUGCUGAUAAGGAGUACAAGUGUGCACACUGUAGACUGCACAGAAACUGAAAGACUGAAAACCCUUUAAAUUGGACGGUCCAGUUUGUCUGACCAGAAAGCCAAUAUUAGUAACCGGCUGCUUCCAUAAACAUGCAAUAUUCAAUCCAAAGUUGCUUUUCCUUCCACUGUGAAAAUACUUAUAAACCCAACUGCAACUUUUAGUUUUAUUCUUAUUACUUUUCAAUAUGUUGCGAACAGUAUGACCUGAAAACGUGUCUCAUACUGCAUACUCUACUUUUCUCUCAUGAAUUUAAAGAAGUGCUCCUAUUAGUUUUUUUUUAGCUAUUUUUGAGCUUGAAGCCAUGUUCUGAGAAGAAAUAUAAACAAACUGAGAGUUUGGCUCAUAUAUGAUGUAUAUCCAUCUUUCUCUCUCUCAUGUAUGUUUGUAUGCUUGGACUCAAAGAGGUGAUGGUUUCUCUAUUCUGUACUCUUUACUUCUCCAGGUUAACUGUGUGGAGAUAUUGCAGAAGUCAUGAUCCAAAUUUCAAUCAGCUGAUGAGGAAAUGAAAGGAUGGAGAGAAAGAAGGAGCAUUUGUGUUGGAGAGAGAGAGAACGAGCGUUAAUAACCAUGACGUGUACUUUGCAAUGCUCCAAAUAAAAGCUCUCCUAGUAAUCUGAGAGAAAUCCA